CAUACUGUCGGGAUACACUCCCGUUUGGACAGUUCGCUUCGUGUUUAAACAUAGUCCCAAUGUGUACAGUUUCUUUGUGGGAACACCGAAUAAAUAUGAACGACCAUUAGUAUCUCGCUUAUCGAUACAUCAAUAUUUCGAAUCUCAAUUGGUUUAUUGUUCCAAUACUAACUUUAGCCUUAUAUCUCUGGAUAGUAACGCGCCAAUAUGAGUAUGUUUCAGACUUGCAUCGUUGUGUUUGUCGGUGAGGAGUGUGAUUGUUGCGGGGAAAACUGAAGUCGUCAUUGGUUUCUGAGAUGGACAAAGAAAAUCAAAUCAAUAUUGCAGCAAUAAAAUGUGGUAUCCUUGAAAUAGAGACUGAGGCAAUAAAACAACACGCAAAACUUAUUCAACUGAGGCAUGAGAAUAACAACCUUCAGGCAGAGGUAGAGGAAGUGGUUGCAGAAUUGCAAAAAACCAAGCAAAUGAAAUUGACAUUAGAAGGUGAUCUGCAGUAUCAACAGAUGCGUCUUUCUGAACUUGAAAGACAACAAGUGAGCAGAGAAAAAUCACUGCAGCAAUCUAGAGCUGAAGCACAGGAACUGCGUGUACGAAUGAAAACUGAGAAGGCAUUACAAAUUGAAAAAUUGAAAUGUUACGAGAAAAAAAUGGCACAUCUGUCAAACUUACUUACUGGAGCGCCUGAAACCUUUGACCGUGAUGUUAUCUCCAAAGAAGUAGCAAUUAUGGAAAUGAGAGAGACUGAGCUGAAAGAUGGAAUUCAAAACAUACAAGGAGAGAUACAUGCCUUGAAAGAAAACUGGGCUUUGUCUGGUGACAGAAACCUUUCUGCUUUAGAAAAUGUCAGGCAAUUAAAAUCCGGGCCCUAUUCAUCACAUUCAUAGUCUGACCUCCAGUGACACAGUGAAGAAGCUGUGAGUAUUCUUCAUCUGUGUUCACGUAGUGUCUGUCUCUGGCAAGUAAAUUGUUUUCGUUGAAGUGUGUUGAGAUGCUCUGUUAUGAACACAGCAACACAGGGCGAAAUUCAGCUGAGUGAAACUGGUGUAAAAUAAAUGCUCUAGCAUAUUGAUAUUCCAUUGUAGUUCAUUUUAGUUUUUAUGGUUGAACAUUAUUUUUAUGAAGUAUUGUAAUAAAAGUGAAUAUAAGUGCCAGGUAUUUGCAUAUUGAAUAAAUAUCAACUCAUGUUUUAUGUGUAAAACAAUCUGUUUCCAAUU